AUGACGGAAGGCACAGAAACUACAUCGGCCCCAGCGCCAGAAAAGACUCCCACUGAAAAUGGAACCACCGAAACUCCUCCGGAGGAGGCACCAGAAAAGGCCACAGAAGAGAAAGAAAAAGAGAGCCCACCGCCUAAGGAGAUGCGUGCUGUCGUUCUUACUGGUUUCGGUGGACUCAAAACUGUUAAGAUUCUGAAAAAGCCCGAGCCAACGGUCAGCGAAGGCGAGGUCCUUAUUCGCGUUAAAGCCUGUGGAUUAAACUUCCAAGACUUAAUUGUACGUCAAGGUGCUAUCGAUUCUCCGCCCAAGACACCGUUCAUCCUUGGCUUCGAAUGCGCCGGUGAGAUCGAACAAGUUGGCGAGGGCGUCACCAAUUUCAAGAUUGGCGAUCAAGUUGUGGCACUGCCGGAGUACAGGGCUUGGGCUGAGCUGGUUUCCGUCCCAGCUCAGUACGUUUACGCGUUGCCAGAGGGUAUGACAGCCCUGGAUGCCGUGGCGGUCACCACUAACUACGUGGUUGCGUAUCUGCUGCUGUUUGAGAUGGCUAACCUGACUCCUGGCAAGAGUCUUCUUGUGCAUUCUGCUGGUGGCGGUGUGGGCCAAGCCGUUGCGCAGCUUGCGAAGACAGUGGAGAACGUGACUGUCUUCGGCGUGUGCUCCAAGUCCAAACACGAAGCGCUGAAGGCUAACAAUAAUAACAUCGAUCAUCUCCUUGAGAGGGGCAGCGAUUACACCAACGAAGUCAGAAAGAUUUCACCUGACGGUGUCGAUAUUGUGUUGGAUUGCCUCUGCGGCGAGGAGUGCAACCGCGGCUAUCAGCUAAUGAAACCCAUGGGUCGAUACAUUCUAUAUGGAUCAUCCAACAUCGUGACCGGCGAGACCAAGAGUUUCUUUAGCGCAGCGCGUGCCUGGUGGCAAGUUGACAAGGUGUCGCCUAUCAAGCUAUUCGACGAGAACAAGAGCCUGGCGGGAUUGAACCUGCGGCAUCUAUUGUUCCAACACGGGCGCGCUGAUUACGUCCGUCGUGCUGUUGAUAACGUGUUCGCGCUGUGGAGACAGGGCAAGGUGAAGCCCCUCGUCGACUCCACUUGGGCCCUCGAGGACGUUGGCGAAGCUAUGCAGAAGAUGCAUGACCGCAAGAACAUCGGCAAACUCGUGCUCGACCCGUCUCUGGAGCCAAAACCGAAGCCCGCAACUCCCGCAAAGGGCAAGGCCGGAAAGGAGAAGAAGCCAGCCAAAGAGAGCUCCGAGGAGAAGAAGGAUAAGGAUAUGAAAGAAGAAGAGAAGAAGCCAGCAGAGAACGGCGAAAAGAAUGGUGAGGAGCCGCUCUCUAAUGGUAACAGUGACGAAGAGUCAAAGGAGAAAGAGAAGGAGAAGGAAAAAGAGUCUAGCUGA